AUGACCUCAACCCCUCUUGAAGAGAACACAUCAGCAACACUGACCUCUUUGACUGAUGCCAUUGUUUCCACACCGGCACCGAUUACAAAAUCCGUUGACGAGGAACAAGCAGUAGUGACUUCGACAAUAACAACUUGCAAUACUGCCGUUGCUGGCACGACAAUUCCUGUUAGUGCUCUCACUACUGGAGAGUUUGUCGGCGUUGAUGUUCUUUGUGGCGAGAAGAUCUACAUUCAAGAACCCAAUUAUUAUCCGACCAAGACCUAUUAUGGCAUUCCUACAUCGACUUCGACAUCGACUUCGACUUCGACCUCGUCAAUCUGCAAUAACGAUGUCGCUGGCGUAACGAUUGCUACUAGCGAUCUUACCACCGGAGAAUUCGUUGCUGUUGAUAUUUUCUGUGGACAAACGAUUUACAUUCAAGAACCGAACUUCUAUCCAACCAAGACUUACUACGGCAUUCCUGCUUCUACUACUGGAACUUCAUCCGCAGCAUCUACAACUGCAGUAGGCGUAGAACCACGUAUGCUGGAAGCACGUACUAGAAAUACACCUAUCAUUGAUUCCACCACGCCAACUUCCCUACAGCGAGCUGAUGAGAAGUGGAUGGAGAGUGCUCCAAGCGUUGUUGCUGGAAACAGAGGUGCGGAGGCGUUUAGACAACAAGGUGACUUAAGAAUGAGAGAUGAAGGCUUGUAG